CGCAGACCCGGAUGCGGCCCCGCCCCCGCAGAACCGGAAGCGAGCGGACUCUCCGAGAGCGGCGGGCGCGGCGGGAGUCCGGCUGACCAGCGAGGACCUGGUGGCGAUGUGGAAAGCAUCAGCAGGCCAUGCCGUUUCCAUUACCCAGGACGAUGGGGGAGCUGACGACUGGGAGACCGACCCUGAUUUUGUGAAUGAUGUAAGUGAAAAGGAACAAAGAUGGGGCGCCAAAACUGUGCAAGGGUCCGGGCACCAGGAACACAUCAACAUACACAAGCUAAGAGAGAACGUCUUUCAAGAACAUCAAACUCUCAAAGAGAAGGAACUUGAAACAGGACCAAAAGCCUCCCAUGGUUAUGGAGGGAAAUUUGGCGUGGAACAAGACCGGAUGGAUAAAUCAGCUGUUGGCCAUGAGUAUCAGUCGAAGCUUUCUAAGCACUGCUCUCAAGUCGACUCAGUCCGGGGUUUUGGAGGCAAGUUUGGUGUCCAGGUGGACAGAGUUGACCAGUCUGCAGUAGGCUUUGAGUACCAGGGGAAGACAGAAAAGCACGCCUCCCAGAAAGACUACUCCAGUGGCUUUGGUGGCAAGUACGGCGUGCAGGCUGACCGGGUGGACAAGAGUGCUGUGGGCUUCGACUACCAGGGCAAGACCGAGAAGCACGAGUCGCAGAAAGAUUACUCCAAAGGCUUUGGUGGCAAAUACGGUAUUGACAAGGACAAAGUGGAUAAAAGCGCUGUCGGCUUUGAGUAUCAAGGCAAAACAGAGAAACAUGAGUCCCAGAAAGACUAUGUGAAAGGGUUUGGAGGAAAAUUUGGUGUGCAAACAGACAGACAAGACAAAUGUGCCCUUGGCUGGGAUCACCAAGAGAAAUUACAGCUGCAUGAAUCCCAAAAAGAUUAUAAGACUGGUUUCGGAGGCAGAUUUGGUGUUCAGUCCGAGAGGCAGGACUCCUCUGCUGUGGGGUUUGAUUACAAGGAGAGACUGGCCAAGCACGAGUCCCAGCAAGACUAUUCCAAAGGAUUCGGCGGGAAGUAUGGGGUGCAGAAGGAUCGGAUGGAUAAGAAUGCGUCCACCUUUGAAGAUGUGGCGCAGGUAUCCUCUGCCUACCAGAAGACCGUCCCUGUCGAAGCUGUGACCAGCAAAACCAGCAACAUCAGGGCAAACUUUGAAAACCUUGCUAAAGAGAGAGAGCAGGAGGACAGACGGAAGGCGGAAGCAGAGAGAGCACAGCGGAUGGCCAAGGAAAGGCAGGAGCAGGAGGAGGCUCGAAGGAAGCUGGAGGAGCAAGCCAGAGCCAAAAAGGAAACACCCCCUGCUUCCCCGACCCCUCAGCCGGCUGAGGAGAGGCAGCCUUCCAGCCCCAUCUAUGAGGAUGCAGCCUCCCUGAAGACAGAGCUGAGCCACAGAGGUCCUGCUGGCGGGAGUGAACCCGAGCCUGUGUACAGUGCAGAGGCCAUGAACUACCCAGAAGCCAGCAGCCAGCAGGGCCUGGCCUAUGCUCCGGAAGCUGUCUAUGACACCACCGAGGCCUCGGGCCACUACCAAGCAGAAGACAAUACCUAUGAUGAGUACGAGAAUGACCUGGGCAUCACAGCCAUCGCGCUCUACGACUACCAGGCUGCGGGUGAUGAUGAAAUCUCCUUUGAUCCUGAUGACAUCAUCAGCAACAUUGAAAUGAUCGAUGAUGGUUGGUGGCGUGGUGUAUGUAAGGGCCGGUAUGGGCUCUUCCCAGCCAAUUAUGUGGAGCUGCGGCAGUAGGUGGCCGGCCUGCCUUCCGGUGCCUGCACGAAUUCACACUACAGAUCAUGCCUUCGCUGGUUUGGGGUUUUGGGUUUGUAUUUUUGUUUUUGUUUUCUUUUCUGAGGGUGGGGAAGGGAAUAUACAUAUUGCUUUUAUAUUUAAUACUUUUGCUGAUGCUUUUGAAAAUGUUUAUGCCACAGAAUUUGCUAAUAUAUUGUAAUCAUGAUCCCUAGGAGGACUUUGGUGAUUGUUUUUGAACAUAUUUCCUUGUUUUGCCAAAUUGACUGUCAUGUGUAGCCACUUCAGGGGCCUGUGGCUCUCCUGAGGUCAGUAGUGCAUGUUGUCCAUAUGUCUGUCGUGACAGUCGGGUCUCCCAGGACAGAUGUCCGUGUCUGCAGCUCCGGGAGUGCUGCCCAUGUAAGAAGCUCUCCAAGGCAUCAGUGUUCAGAAGCGGAGGGAAGGGACCUGGCCAAGGGUCAGAUUGGGGGGAACCGCUGGAAGGGGUGCUGGCUUCCUCGUCAGGCGGGAGACCCCACAUCGCAUCCCAUGCGACCCCAGGUUGUCCGAGGCUUUCUCCUGUGCCGCUGUCUUGUCUCAUCCCUGUCUCCGUGGCUCUCCUGACACCUGACUCCUGACUCCUGCCCUGCUAUGAGGUUUCACCACAUCCUUCCACUGUUCCCUCACUGCUUGUCUCAGGCCCUGGACCACAGUGAAGGGCCCUGGGCUUAGAGGUGAACCUGAAGCUAGUGUUGGGCCCUGGGUGCCACACAGGACUGCUGCCCUGUCACUCAGACUCUCGGCUCAUGCAGUGGGGUGUGCCGUGUGUGGCUGCGUGGCCCCCAGUUGGGGGAGGCAGGUGCCUUUUUGGUGUGAACUGCCAGAAGCAUGCCCUCAUCAGGAUGCUGUGCAUUUUGCCAAAAUCUCAUGUUCAGUUAGUGAAAUUUGAUUGACCUGGCUGAAAUACAACUGGGAGUGAGCAAGUGUUCCUUCCCAGUGUGCCACGGUGGCAUCUCUGAGCCACUGUGCCCAUAUUGCCUGCCACUUGCAGAGGGAAAUAAACGCGUGUCCUCCCCAAGACACCAGGACCAGUCCUGUUUGUGCACAUGAUUGGGGGACGGGUGUCUUUCCAACAGAUCCAUAGAAAUGUGUCAACUGUUGGGGACACUUGAUGGUCGUGAUGCACGUGUUUUCUCUCUGGAAGUGAUUUCUGCAGUGUCCUUGCUUUUCCACUAUUAGGUUGGGUUUUAUAUACAACUCAUUGUAUCUGGAUUUCUGUAGCACACCUCAUAGGUAUGAUUUUUUAAAAAAUUAAAUAUUCAGAAUAAACUUUUUUUUGGACCCAUUUGCUGCAUGA